CCCGGAUAGUGUCAGGGUACCGGCGCAGUUCAUGGCAAUCCGAGCCUCCCAUCCCACCACAAUACCUAUCUAUGUAUUGAUAUCUCUCAGCGCAUCCACCCGCCGAGGGUCAAACGGUGGCUCGGGUCGAUUGACUGAUCCCGCAACCCGUCUGGACAUGUGCUAAAGCCCACCCCCCUCCCUCGAAAAAUCAACCUUUUGUGCCUUUGCCGCCCACGAUGGCUACGUCUACGCGGAAGCCCCCGUCGUUAGACCUGGCUUACGAUCUCGAUGGUGCCUCUCUCGAACUUGGAGAAGCCGAUUACUACCAGCAGGUCCUGCAGCUUUCGCCCGAGAAGACCGCCGCCUAUCUCGAUGACUUGAUCGUGAAGGCCGAGAACCUGGGUAUCGCCGUUGCUAGACCGUUGAGUACCGCCUCGACAGACGAUAAGCUCAACCCCUCUGGCGCCGAAUCGAGCGUGACCGUCGACUCACAUCACGUCCGCACCAUAUCGACGGGGUCAGAGGGCUCGGCGAGCACGAAGCUGACGUCGCAUUCUUCGAUCAGUGCCUACCCGGAGCCGACGGGACGGAUUGCGAGAAAACGAUCUAGGGCUCUCACCUUCGCCCAGUACGAGAGCUACCUCGCCCAGGUUGAACCGAAUCUCUGCCAGCCAAGAUUCUCGGCGCCGUCGCCGGCGGAAGCAGAGGCCACCCCGAGCAUCUUCGGCGUGAGAACGAGCAAGAGCUACCUCAGGAUCAAGAGGGGGUUCUCCAAGUUGCGCGAUAGACGGAAGAUCCCCCCUUGCCCUGAGGAUACGGUCAUAUCGUGUAGCGCGUGCCGAGACGACCUCGAAUCAGACCAAUCCCUCCAGAGGCUGCCUUGCGGACACAGUUACUGCUCGAGGUGCCUGAGGAUCAUGAUUAACCAGGCGACGACCGACGAAUCCAAGAUGCCGCCGCGGUGCUGCACUCAGCCGAUGACGAGUUCGAUCAUCAAGUCCGUCCUCUCUCGCGAGGAACAAAACAGGUUUCUCAAGUCCGUCAUGCAAUUCAGCACCCCCUGGGAGUCGCGCAUCUUUUGUUCGAAUCCGGCAUGCGGCGAGUUUAUCCCACCGCAAUCCAAAGUCGACCCUAAAUACCCGUUCCAGGCUAUCUGCCGCAAGUGCAGGAUGCGGGUUUGCGUUAUGUGCAAGAGAGACGCGCACGCGAUAGGCCAGGACUGCCCGGGUGACUGGGAGCUCGAAGCGGUGUUGAAGAUGGGAGAGAAGUCGGGGUGGAGGAGGUGCUAUAAAUGCCGGACGUUAGUUGAGCUCACGCAAGGUUGUACGCAUAUGACGUGUCGGUGUCGGGCUCAGUUCUGCUACAUCUGCGGUGCCGUCUGGGACCCGAUGGUCGGCUGUCCGAAUUUUUGCAACGGCGAUGCAGAGCUGGAGCGUCGGCGAUUAGAAGAAGAGGCUAGGGCGGCGGCCCUCGCCGCCGAGGAGGCGGCGAGACAGGAAGCCGCCGAGAGGGAGGUGGUGGAGAGGCUCGAGGCGGAAGCGCGUGCCCAGAACUGCGAACAGUUUAUGGCACUGCGUGCGGGGCAGGUAGAGGAGAUGGAACGGUUCCAGGCCUUCGAGAGGCGAUCAAAAUGGCUCAUGUGGACGAGACAUGCUCACCAGAGGCUGGCUCUGGUAGGGAAGCAAUCGGGAACGAUCGAGAGGAUGCGAGAACGGCACGCGAAGACUUCGGCUAACCUCGAGGACCGCCAAGUAGCUGCGGAGAUGGAAUUACGCUCAACGCUAGAUCAGAGCGAAAGGAACGUGCGGAUCCGCCUCAAACAUAUGGAAGCGUACUGCGACGGCCUCGGAAAGAAUCCGGAUGCCAACAUGCCAUCCCGAGUGGUUACCGAACGGGACCUGCGGGAACUCGGACAGCAGUACAACGUCGAGAAGAAUAUGAAGCAGCUACAUCAAGCUAAGAUCAACGUGAUGCGGGAUCGCCAAGCCAAAGUCCUCGAAGAGCUGAUCGAGAGGCAGGGAUCCGAGAUGAACAAGCUGAUCGAGAAGAACAAGGACGAGUUGGAGAACCUCGAGUCGGAAUUUGCAGACGAAGAGGAUGCCCUGACGACCAUGUUUGCCGAGCGCAAAUCGGCUCUCGAGAAACGGUGGGAGCUCGAGAUGGAGGUGAUGCGUAAGGAGCUAGAGAAGAAGAGCGGCUUGAAGUACGGCUCGCUAGGCCCUCUCGAAUGGCCGCAUGAGAUAGAGUCUCUCGACAGUACCCCCAUCACGCCCCCUAGGACUCCCACCACCACGGAUGGGUGAUCUACGUGUCUCGACUAUGAUGAUCACUCGGUUAUCUGUUAUUAUCUUCGGUCCUUGGAUUCUGUGCAUAACUCGCUUUACCGCACCCCCCUACCGAGCCCUUCGCUCUAACUCAGGGCCCACCGGCGUGUCCCCGCCACGAGUUGCCCUCCUUAUUUCUACGCCCUUUUUGCGCCUAGGAUGUGGAUUAUGGCUUUU